UGUUUCACACUUUAUCAUGUACUUUAAUGUGUUUUAUUUGGAUUUUAAUUCGGUAGGCUAAACAUGAAGAAUUGUGAAGUGAAAGGAAAACUUCACAAGUUUUUCUUUUAGUAAUGACAAUCUGAGUGUGGUCUGCAUAUGUGUUAACCCUCUUUACUCUGAUGUGCUAAAAUAAAAUUCAAUGCUACCAACUGCCUUCACAGGUCUUAAGUAAAUAAUCACCUUUAUUUUGACUCAGCUACAGAGAGAAAGUUAUGGAGAGGUUUACAGCAAGUUAUGUUCAGUCCAUCAUCUGAACAUGGAAAGACCAACUGCAAACCUACUGAGACAUGGCUGUCCACUUAAAUUGACAGACUGAGCAAGGAGAGCAUUAAUCAGUGCAGCCAAGAAACCAAUGGUAGCUCUGGAAGAGCUGGAGAAAUCCACUCAGUCCCCUUGUCCAGACUCACCUUCCCCUCCAGGGGCAGAGUCAUCCAGCAGGCUUCUGUCACACGAUGAAGGCUUCCAAGUUUCCCCAUCUCGUAAAGAGUCCAGGAAAAGGCUUGCUUCCUUCCCCACAUAUGUAGAAGUGCCUGGCCCUUGUGAUCCAGAUGACCUGAUUGAUGGGAUCAUCUUUGCAGCCAGCUGUCUUGGUUCCACACAGCUGUUAUCAGAGAAGACACCAUCGAAGAACAUCCGUAUGAUGCAAGCACAGGAAGCAGUUAGCUGCAUCAAGGCUGAGCCUCAGCCCAUAACAGAGGUGGAUAUCUUCAUCUCCACUCAGAGAAUCAAGGUGCUCAAUGCUGACUCCCAGGAAACCAUGAUAGACCACGCUUUGCGAACCAUCUCUUACAUUGCUGAUAUUGGCAACAUUGUGGUUUUGAUGGCCAGGCGAAGGUUGCCUCACUGUGACUCUCAGGAAAAUGUGGAGGUCUCGGACCCAAGCCAGGACAGCAAGCAUCAACACAAGAUGAUAUGCCAUGUGUUUGAAUCUGAGGAUGCCCAGAUGAUUGCUCAGUCCAUUGGCCAGGCCUUUAGUGUGGCAUACCAGGAAUUCCUGAGGGCAAAUGGGAUCAACCCUGAGGACCUUACUCAGACAGAAUACAGUGACCUACUUAGCACUCAGGACAUGUAUAAUGAGGAUCUUGUUCACUUCUCCAGGUCUGAAAACUGCAAAGAUGUGUUUAUAGAAAAAGUUAAAGGCGAGAUUCUGGGUGUGGUCAUCGUGGAGAGUGGAUGGGGCUCCAUUCUACCUACUGUCAUCAUUGCCAACAUGAUGCAUGCUGGGCCAGCCGAGAGAUCUGGCAAAGUCAACAUAGGGGAUCAGAUAAUGUCAGUCAAUGGAACCAGUCUGAUUGGACUACCCCUGUCAACUUGCCAGAGCAUCAUAAAGGGUCUAAAGGACCAGUCUCAGAUCAAGCUGAAUAUUGUCAGAUGUCCUCCAGUGACUACAGUUCUUAUCAGACGGCCAGAUGUGCGCUACCAGCUGGGAUUCAGUGUCCAGAAUGGCAUUAUUUGUAGCCUUAUGCGUGGUGGCAUUGCUGAAAGAGGAGGUGUAAGAGUGGGUCACCGUAUCAUUGAGAUCAAUAGUCAAAGCGUGGUGGCAACUCCUCAUGAAAAAAUUGUCCAGAUCCUGUCCAAGGCUGUGGGAAAGAUUCACAUGAAGACCAUGCCGGCUGCAAUGUAUCGCCUGCUGACCGCCCAGGAGCAGCCUCUCUACAUUUGAAAAGCCUUUCACACUUUAAACCCACUCCUGAAGCUUCUUUCACUCUUUCAGCAUUUCUUACUACGUAAAUUGUUAGUUCACUUGUUCAGUUACUUUCUUGUCCCGUGUUAACUUAAAACCAAAAUUAUUCAUCUGUAUUUACUAUAAGACCUUCCUCUUUUGGGUUUCUUACUGUAGAAAAGGAUGAUUGCACUUUACUGAAUGUGAGCUUCCAGUUGUACAAAAACCUAAAAUUGUUUUUUGUGAUUUGGUAUUGAUGUUUGAAGAGUUAACUUAAACUUUAAUAUAGAAACAUUAUGGUAUCCCUUCACUGUUUAGGCAACUAAGAGUUGUUUGAAAUAUGAAAAUAAAACCAUUCUCUCAUCGCG